GCACUCCCUGAAAAGCAAAGCACACCUCAGCUGCUUUUCUCGCCUAUUCAAGAUGGGACUAACCUGAUUUUAUGUUGACACUCUGCUGGAUGUCAGAUGAACAAUGUCAAGUUCUCAGCAGCUUGGUAUGGGCAUAAAUGUCACUGAUGUUCCUGGGCAGCUUGGUUUCACCCGCCGCAAUCAGGACCCAGUCUGGUCCUCUAUUGUUAACAGUGUGGUGAAGAUGGUGCUUAUAUUUCUGAUUGUCUGUGUGUCUUUGUUUGGGAAUGUGAUUGUUCUGCUGGUGUUUCAAAGGAAGCCUCAGCUCCUUCACGUGGCCAACCGCUUUGUCCUCAACCUCCUCCUGGCAGACCUACUUCAGACCAUAUUAGUCAUGCCCUUUGCUAUUGCAGCUGCCAUGCCAAGCGUGUGGCCCCUGGAUGCUCGGCUGUGCCAGGCCCUGGUGGUGCUCAUGCACCUUUUUGCAUUUGCAGGGGUUAACACCAUUAUAGUUGUGUCUGUGGAUCGCUACCUGGCAAUUAUCCACCCUCUAUCUUAUCCCACUCGCAUGACUCCUCACUUAGGCACCAACCUGAUCAUCUGCACCUGGGUGCUCAGUUUCCUGCAGAGCACACCGCCUCUCUAUGGCUGGGGGACCAUUGACUUUGACCGCCAUCACAAUAUCUGCUCAGUGGUGUGGUCUUCUAGUCUUUCCUACUCUGCUGUGGUGUCCACUUUUUCUUUCUGGCUUCCUGUGCUCAUCAUGCUUGGAUGUUAUUGGAUGGUUUUCAGAGCAGCCCGGAGGCAGAACGCUCUUGUGCACCCAAUACAGACACAGGCCUACUCUCAGCCCUGCCCGCAGGACUUCCAGGCACCUAGCAGCCCACAGCGGCAAUCCCAGCCCCAGCAGCCCAGUUCACCCGAGGGACCAUACUCAGCCAGAAGAUACCCUGUUCGGGUUAGACACAGGCGUUUUCACUACCACUGCAAGGCAGCCCGUGUAGUUUUUGUGAUCAUGGCUUCAUACAUCUUCAGCAUGGGUCCUUACAGCAUUCUGAAUACUAUAUCUAUGAGCACCAGAGCAGCUAUACCCUCAUGGUUAUCCUCCCUUGCCCUUGUACUCUUCUUUUUACAGUGCUGCCUACAUCCUUAUAUUUAUGGCUACAUGCACCGUAGCGUAAGAAAAGAAUUCCUGGCGUUGCUCUGUGGGUUGUUCUGCAAGCACGGCCGUCCCAACCAGAGCUCUGCUGUGGAGAGCUGCUUCACUACAACGGAAGGACGCUCCACUACUCACCCUCACCUGCCCAGCUUGGCUGCUCGAGUCGUCCCUCUGCGGACAUGGGAAGAGUGCACAACCUCGUCCUCUCCCACUUUUGAGAGAAAGUCAAGGGAUGGUCGUAAAGAUACCACCUCUACCAGUAUCAGCUCUGAAAGGGAGCUCACAGUCCACAGCAAACAAAGCCCAUAAAUUGCCAUUAAUCAGACAGACCAUAGUUGCUCUUACUUUAGGACUUUCUCAUCCAUUGUGUUUAUAUAUACACUAACUUUUUCAGCAGCAGGAUUAUUACUUCAGAAGUUGCUGGGAUUACAAACAGUAGUACUACUUACUUAAUCACCAACAAAAUGAUCAUUUUACUAUUUGUCAUAAUCUCGGUUAAUUGCUAUUGGGAAAGCCCCAGGUCCAGUAGUUGCUGUGUUAAUGUAUAAAAGAACUGGGUGUAGGAAAGCUAGACUCAUUGUGUUUCAUAUGUAAAUGCAGUUUUAAGCAUUACCACAUGUGCCACAUAAAUCAGACUGUGUGCAGCUGUUGGAGUCUGUGCAAACCAUCAUUAGUUUUUCUUUUUAAAGUAUGCAAGACUGAACUCGCUACUGUUAUUUAAAAUGGGCAUUUAAAUCAAUCUAAAUUCAAAUUAAUCUAAAGCUGCACUUGUAAAAUAAGAAGUUGCUCUAGUGUUCUGACCACUUCUCUAAUUAUCAGAUGUCUCCGAUGGUGUACGAACCUGCUUUAUGCGCACAACUGUCUCCUUUAAACUUUUUGUGUUUCUCACAUCCUGCUGGAGGUGCAGGAUGGCGAUCUUGUCUACAAGCAAACUUUGCUUGUAGUCUUCCAACUCAGGGUAUUGCUUGUAGAAAAAAAAAAAAUUGUAGAAUCCACCUCAGUUCUUGAAUCUCGGGUGAUUGAAUAUGUGUUAAUGUCCCUAUCGCAGUAACUCCUCUUAGUCUCAAAGCGCCUUUUGAAUAAAUAAUUAGAAAAGUGAUUCAUUGUGCCUGUCAAUUAGAGCAUACAAGUAUGGGUGAUUCCCUUUCUCUGAUGGGAUGGCCACACAUUCACAUUUGUCUUAGUCCUUUGUUUCCUUUAUCUAAAGCAUAACUGAUGUGGAAAUUUUCCUUUUAUUUCAGUACACCACUUUAAAUUUGGACUCGAUGUUUGAUGCCUUUCCAAUGUCGGGGUUUUUAUUAAGUACUUUUUGUGUGAUUAAAAAUAUAACUCCUGCAUGUUGAAAGAUCUUAUGUAACAAAUUUCUUAUUUUCCACUGAACACAUGUAGACUUGUAAAGAUACCUCGUGAUAAAGUAUUUCUAAUGGAAAAGAAACUGUGUGCCUAAAGCCAUGGAUGCUUGCCUUGACUCCUCUCAGAGAAAGGUAUUUCAGUAAGUUAGAAGGUUGUUAUGGGUCCAUCAUAACAUUACAACAUUUAUUUGUGUCUAGUGCCAAGUUUUUGUACCUUUUAAGAAAGUGAAAAAAAGAAGAAAAAAAAUGGCACAAUGAGUCAGUGUGCUCCUGGUGUGUAUUAUUACCAUUAGACGGUGAUAGUCUCUGAGACCUGUCAUGUACUUGACCUAGAUUUAUUUAACAGGUUACUGGGGAAAUCCAAACUAUAGUAUUAAAGUUGACAAUCAAACUUGCAUAAGUUUGUCAGAGGGUCUGUGAAGGACAGUGUGUAUUUAAGUAUACCAGAA